UUUACUGUUAGUAAAACCAAAACAACCGACAUUUGAAAUUCCUUAAACAUCCCAUUAUCACUGCACGCGACACUGAACGAACGCUUUCAUUAUUAGAAUACGCUACGCGUCCUUCGUCACCACACAGCUGACCAAUCAAAGCUUUUGUUUAUGCGAGCGCUGCGUCGCUGGCGCGUAGAGAAGGUGGGGCUCUGACGCAGUGCUGCUGCUGUGAACAUUCACUGCUGGCUGCAUGCGCAGAGAAUAGACGGAGACACACAAGGAAAGACUACUGCAGUCACCCCUGCCCUCCUUUUAUUCUAACUCACUGGAUAUGUCUUAGAUUUUUUUCUCUCAUGUGGUAUCAAAGGACGCGCUGGCGGAAUCGCCAGCCACUCGAACUGGGACUUUUGAUGUGCGCGUGCGGUUUUUAUUCUGUGGUCUAUAGCGCAUAUUACGAGGAUUCGUGAAAGGACGCAGCCCAGCCUUGUUUUCCUGAAUGCAAUUGAACAUAUUUUCGGAUGAGGAUGAAAUCGGCAUGGUCUAAAUGUUGGUUUCAUCUGGAUUGCUGUGCGGAGAACCCGAAUCGAUAAAGUAAGUGAUAGCAGCACAAUGCUGCCUAGUUGAUUGAUCACUGUGCUCAGUGAGAACAAGAAGGAGGAGCACGGCUUCGAUACGAUGGCUGAGGAGAAUAACCUGAAGACAGCUAAAUUAUGGAGGGAUGCGGCUUUGCGCUCCAGGAAGCUGAGGAGCAAUCUGAGACACCUGACUCUCAGCACCAAAAACUGCCAGAAAAUUACAUUACCCGAGGAUAUAAAGGAGAUCGAGGUCCUCAAUCUGGGCAAUAACUCUCUUCAGGAGCUUCCAGAGGGAUUGGGCUCAACCCUGAAUGGGCUUCGCAUCCUCAUCCUUCGUCGGAACAAGUUUGCAACUGUUCCCACUGCAGUAUUUCAACUUAGUAAGCUUGUUGAAUUAGAUAUCAGUCACAACUGCUUGAAUCACUUCUCAGAAGAUAUUGAUCUUCUCAAGGGGCUUAAAAAGUUGAGCAUCUGUCAUAACAAAAUCCAGUACCUGCCAUCUCAGAUUGGGACAUUGCAAAGUCUGGAGGAGCUUGACAUCAGCUUCAAUGAGCUGCAUGAUUUCCCCAGGUCCUUUUCACAGCUCAGGAAGCUCAGAACGCUCGAUGUGGAUCAUAACAAGCUACAGCGUUUCCCUUCUGAAAUACUUGCCCUUCCUGAUCUGGAGGAGCUUGACUGCUCUGGGAAUAAACUAGAGGGUCUUCCAGGUAACAUCAUGAUGCUCCAAUCUAUUAAAAUCUUGUGGCUCAGCACCACUCGCCUCUCGUUUUUGCCUGAAACAUUCUGUGAGCUACAGAAUUUGGAGAGCCUGAUGCUUGAUAAUAAUUUCCUCACAAGCCUGCCACAAUCGUUUGGGAAACUGCAGAAGCUGAAAAUGCUCAAUCUCUCCUCAAAUUGUUUUGAACAUUUUCCUCAGGUUAUCAUCAAACUCACCAGUUUGGAGGAGUUGUACUUAAGCCGGAAUAAACUGACGUUCCUCCCUGAGGAGGUAGGACAGCUGUGCAAUCUUGCUAAUUUGUGGUUGGACAACAAUAGCAUAACGUUUCUCCCAGACUCUAUUGUAGAGUUAGGGAAAUUGGAGGAACUGGUUUUACAGGGUAACCAAAUCGCCAUCCUCCCAGACAAUUUCGGAAAACUUGUCAAAGUCAGCAUUUGGAAGGUGAAAGAUAAUCCUCUCAUUCAGCCUCCGUAUGAAGUGUGCAUGAAGGGGAUCCCCUACAUAGCUGCCUAUCAGAAGGAGCUUGCACAUUCCCAACCUGCUGUGAAACCCAGGCUUAAACUGGUUUUGAUGGGUCAGAGAAAUGCAGGGAAAACUACACUCAGGCAGUGCAUUGUCAACAAACUGUCAGACGCCAAGAUGGCCAUUGGAUGUAGGGGUAUUGACGUGACGAACUGGGUAGCGGAUGCAGAUCGGAGUCUUACAUUCAUUGUAUAUGAUUUAUCUGGUAAGCAGAACUAUGAUCUUAUCAAACCCUUUUUCCUCUCUCCUGGAGCACUUUAUGUUUUGGUGGUCAAUCUGAGAUUGUACACAUCAAAGAGCUUCUACUCCCUUGUUGGCAGUUUCCUUCACUUGCUUAGUGCCAAGGUGCCACAUGCAGUUGUGUGCAUUGUAGGGACCCACAGUGACUUGUGUGAAGAGGUCGAGGUUGAAGAAAAGUGCCUGGAUAUUCACAGGCAGAUUUCGCUCCAGGAAAAAACAGACACUGAGUGCCUACAAGUGCUUGCCCUGCAGGUUGACGAAGCCCUUGAGCAAGGUUUCGACGUCCGGACUUCUAGCCCCCAUGUUCUCUUUUAUGGGGUCACAGAUAAAAAUUUGAGACGUAAAAAGUCUCAGUUGCAAUAUAUGCUCAACAAUCGACUACAAAUACUGUCUCCCGUGAUUUGUGUCAGUUGCUUGGCGGCGCAAAGAAACAUCCAGCAUUUGAAAGAGAAGCUCAUGUCUGUCGCCGAUCACAGGGAGAUCUUCCCCAAUCUUCACAGAGUCCUGCCAAAAUCAUGGCAGAUGCUUGAGGAACUGCAUUUUAAGCCGCAGGAUUUAUGGCUUUCUUGGUGGGAUUCGGCUCGGUUGGGCCUUCAGGCUGGGCUAACGGAGGACCGCCUGCAAAGCGCGCUCUCGUACCUAAAUGAGAGCGGUAAACUUUUGUACUUCGAAGACAGCAUGACAUUGAAGGAAUACGUCUUCCACAAUCUACCCCGGUUUAUCGCCAUCUUGAAUGUGUUUUUUCAGAGAGACCUCGCUGCAAUGCUUGAGAAACUACAGGCUGAAGGAGACGAUGGAGAUAAUGGCAGGUCUACACAGAUGCACGGUCACGUGGAGGGUUUUCUGUUGCAUGGCCUUCUGCCGUCAAAUGUGAUUCGAUUGCUGCUUAAACCCCUGGUACAGACACAGAAGGACUUGCACCUGAUCAUGGAACUGCUGGAAAAGAUGGGCGUCUGCUACUGUGUCAACAAACCUCCAGGCAAGCCGCUUAAUGGGGCCACCGUCUGGUAUAAGUUUCCCAGUCAGGUCAGCAAAGAGGAGUCCCAUCCUGAGGCCUUGGGAAGUAGGGGAUCGUCGAUCCCUGGUCAGAUCUUCUCGGUUGAGCAGCUACAGAUUGAAUACAGGUUUCCUUUCUUCACCCCUCUUGGACUUUUUGCACGGUAUAGCGUGCAAAUCAACAGCCAUGUGGUGCAGCGGUCCGAUAGAAAACAUCACAUCUUUGCCUAUCGGGGUAAAGUGCCUGUGACAGUGAGUUACCGGCCCUCUCUGAGCAGAUUGCAGCCUGAGACCCUCUCCAUUUCCAGCCAUGCAUCCUUGCCAAAUAUCUGGACAGCUUGGCAAGCCAUUAUUCCCCUAGUGGAAGAGUUAAACGUUCUUCUGCAGGAAUGGCCUGGCCUUCACUACUCUCUGCAUGUCCUGUGUUCCAAGUGCCUGAAGAGAGGGUCCCCCAAUCCCCAUUCAUUUCCAGGUGAGCUGUUAAGCCAGCCCCGACCUGAGGGACUUACUGAGAUCAUCUGCCCCAAGAAUGGCUCGGAGCGGGUCAACGUGGCACUAGUUUACCCUCCAACCCCGACUCUGGUCAGCCCCGGUCAUAAAUGACAUUGACUUCAUCUGCACUUACCUGCCUGUGAAUGUCUUUUGCCUAUAUCUUAGAUCGCACAUAUACACACAAACAUGUAAAUGUGUGUAUUUGUGUGUGCAAAGCGUGCACACGCUUUCUUUUCUGGAUACCUGACAAGUGCAAAGAAGGUUCAUAAUGGAGCUUGCCAUUGGGAGGACAUCAUAUCAGGACGUGCAUACAGGUGUUCAGCUCCGACUGCCAACACACGAACUGAAGUAUUUGUAACUGUUGCACUGACAUACUGUUUUUGUCUAUGUACACCUAAAGCUUUUUCAGUCACCCUGAGCCUUCCUCGACACUUUAAGCCUUUCAACAUGAGAUCAGCUGUUCCUCUGCAAGUUCUUGGAAGUUUCCAUUUGAUGCAUCUCUUGGACUGAAACUACACCUUGUGCUGCUGGGUGUCAAGUGGUUAAAGGGAUACUCCACCCUAAAAUGAAAAUGUUGUCAUUAAUCACUUACCCCCAUGUCGUUUCAAACCCAUAAAAGCUUUGUUUGUCUUCGGAACACAAUUUAAGAUAUUUUGGAUGAAAACCGGGAGGCUUGUGACUAGGAAAUUACACUGUCAAGGUCCAGGAAAGUAUGAAAAACGUUGUCAGAAUAGUCCAUCUGCCAUCAGUGGUUCAACCGUUAUUUUAUAAAGUGACGAAAAUACUUUCUGUAUGCGAAUAAAACAAAAAUAAUGACUUUUAUUCAACAAUUGUUCUCCUCUGUGUCAUCCACAUCAGCGUAGUGCCAGUUUGCAAAAAGUAUUGUCGUCGUUUCAUAACAUUUACCGCUGAUGGAAGAUGCUUUACAAACUUUUCUGGACCUUGACAGUGUAUUCUACUUGGCAGACUAGUUUUCAUCCAAAAUAUCUUAAAAUGUGUUCAGAAGACGAACAAAGCUUUUACGGGUUUGGAACGACAUAGUGGUAAGUGAUUAAUGACAAAAAUUUCAUUUUGGGGAGGAGUAUCCCUUUAAGGUGACAGAAAAUCGAAGCGAAAGGACACUGUUUCCCCUCAGAUAAAAGACAGAAUUGGUUGAGCGAGGUUAGAUGUUAGAUUGAUGCUUUUCAGUGAUAUUGUAGCUACUUUAAAUGCAUGCCUCUAAAAUUCAAAAAGGAUUACAAAAUGACAUACAUGGAUAAAUGCACUAGCCCAAGCAUCUUGAAAGGUUUAGUCAUAUCAAACAUGAAAGGAUGGAGCUGUUGGGCAUAAUUCUUUUAUAUUGACAUUUCAAUUGAUUUUUGUGAAACAUGCAGCCAAAGAUAUAAAAAUGUUUCACUGAGCCACUGACACAAACUUGCAUCCAUCCAUCCAUCCAUCCAUCCACCCACCGACCCAUUCACCCAUCCAUCCGUCCACCCACCCAUCCAUCCAUCCACCCGUCCACCCAUCCAUCCGUCCA